AAUACAAUAUGUAUAUAUAAAUGCAUAAUAUAUAUCUGUCUAUUUUAUGCCCCCGUCUGGUCGGCAACGAACCUUCAGGUUAUCUAUUAUUGCAAUGAUUAAUGUGAUGAAUUAUGUGAAGAAACCAAUGAAUGAAAUGGAAAAAAGUUUGGAUUCACAGUUGUGGCAUGCUUGUGCUGGUGGUAUGGUGCAAAUGCCCCCAAUCAAUUCCAAAAUUUUGUACUUCCCUCAAGGCCAUGCUGAGCACUCGGGAUCCAGAACUGUCAAUUUUGGCAGACGGAUCCCGCCCUACAUUCUGUGUCAGGUAUCCGCCAUUAAGUUCAUGGCGGAUACUGACACAGACGAAGUUUAUGCUAAGAUUGGACUUUGCCCCAUAACAAACCAAAACGAUUGUGAUAAUUAUGAAAACGAAGAUGACGCGUUUCUAGGGUUUGAUUAUAAGACGAACGAAAACAAAGAGAAACCCUCUUCGUUUGCCAAAACAUUGACUCAAUCCGACGCCAACAAUGGUGGCGGCUUUUCGGUUCCAAGGUACUGCGCGGAAACUAUUUUUCCGCGCCUGGACUACGCAGCUGAGCCACCGGUCCAAACUAUCCUGGUGAAGGAUGUUCAUGGCCAAAUGUGGAAGUUUCGGCAUAUAUAUAGAGGAACUCCAAGAAGACAUCUUUUGACCACAGGAUGGAGCAACUUUGUGAACCAUAAAAAGCUAGUAGCUGGUGAUUCCAUUGUGUUCUUAAGAGCCGAUAAUGGCGAUCUAUGUGUAGGAAUUCGGAGAGCCAAAAGAGGAAUUGGUGGUGGGUUUCUUGAAGUUCCUAAUAAUGCUUCAUCACUAUAUGGAACUGGGUUUUCAAGAUUUCCCCUAGAGAAUGAGAAUUCGAAGGGUAAAUCGAGUGUAGAGUCUGUGAUUGAAGCUGCAAAUCGUGCGGCUAAUGGGCAGGCGUUUGAGGUUGUUUACUACCCGCGAGCAAGUACUCCGGAAUUUUGUGUCAAAGCUUCUACUGUGAAAGCUGCAAUGAGAAUCCAAUGGUGUCCUGGAAUGAGGUUUAAGAUGGCUUUCGAGACAGAGGAUUCGUCGAGAAUUAGUUGGUUUAUGGGCACGAUUUCGUUGGUUCAAGUUGUUGAUCAAAUCCAAUGGCCUAAUUCGCCUUGGCGACUUCUUCAGGUUGCUUGGGACGAGCCCGAAUUGUUACAAAAUGUGAAACGGGUCAAUCCGUGGUUAGUUGAAUUAGUGGCAAGUAUGCCCGCGAUUCAUUUAAGCCCAUUUUCACCUCCAAGAAAGAAGCUUCGGUUUCCUCAACAACCCGAUUUUCCCCUGCUGCCAAGCAUUCAGGGAGCCAGGCAUAGUUCACAAUUUGGGCUGGACCAUCAUCUUCAUCAUCUCCAGUUUAACCAAAUGAAACCGUUUUCAAACCGAAUAAUGAACCAUGACUCAUUGAUGAACCGGUUCCCAUUUCAAGAACGCGACGGAAACAUUUCUUGCUUGUUAACAAUGGGAAACCAUAACAACCCAAAGACGCAUCCAAAGAAGAAAGAGCAGGAAGAAGAAAAAGAUAACAAAAAACCAAUGUUUGUUUUGUUCGGUCAACCUAUCUUGACCGAACAACAACUAUCCGAAAGUGUUUCUGGUGACACGGAUGGUUCCGUGGUACUUCAAAAUGGUUCGGGCAGAAGUUCCUCUGAGGAAGAUGGUCCAUGGGUUGAGACGGGCCAUUGUAAGAUAUUUAUGGAGUCAGAGGAUGUGGGUCGGACCCUUGACCUCUCCGCUUUGGGCUCGUAUGAAGAAUUGUACAUAGAACUUUCAGGCAUGUUUGGGUUGGAUAAAUCAGAUGCAUUAAGCAACUUGAUUUAUCAAAACAUGGAUGGAGCUAUAAAACACAUUGGAGAUGAAACCUUUAGUGAGUUCUCGAAGGUGGCACGAAGGUUGACGAUUUUGAACGAUUCGAGUAGUGGCAACAUAGUUUGUUAGCAAACAAUCGAUAUGUUUACAAAAACAUGUACAGUCCAAGUUAUUAGUUUGUUUAAUUUCUUCGUGUUACUUAUUACUUUUUUUUUUUUUUUGGGUUAUAGGAGUUAUGGGGAAAUCCCCUUUCUACCUAUGUUAAGACAUUUUAGCAUAUAGGAAUCAUUGUAAUGUUUUUGAUGUUUUCUUUUCUUGAUUCUUAAUUAAAGUUGGCUGUUGCUCAUUCAA